AGAAUAUAUUGAUAAGUACCGAUACAACUAAUUAAUAACUUUAGCGCCAACAUCUAUCUUCGAUUAGCUUCGAAUGGAUUACCCUUUUGCCUCAUUCCCAUUCUCUCUUUUCUCCCAGUGGACAAGGUCCCGGCAAAUGCACCACGACCUCUACCUUUUUCGCUCUUAGAACAGCUUCUCGAGUCAUGUCUCAUCCUUGGGUAGGCCCCGCAAUAAAUGCUAGCUCUGCCAACCUAGUUCUAUCCCGUCCGACUUAAGUGCCCUAGCUUGUUUCUAUUAUAUGGUUGCAACGAAAAAUCGCAAAAAAUGGGUCUCAGCUGGUGUAACUCUAACGACCCCGCAGGCUGGUGUUAUCAAGGGGAAAGCAACAAUAAUAUGUCAGAGUCACCGCUUGAGCGUGGACAACUUUAAAUACUAACUAGCCUCGCGCAUAAUGGAAAUGCUCUCGUCUAAAUCUUUGCAAUCACCUCCGUAUUGCGAAGAGUGAAUAGAAUGCGAUACUUGAGCGGCCUAGCCUGGGGCUGGCUUGGUACGGUCAGUGCCACUAGCCAGACCAUAUCUACUCAAGGUAUAUACGACCUGGUCAAGCGACGAAUUCCCCAGCAUGUGGACAGCUUCGAAUUUUCGCUUGUCAAUGCGACACCAAGUGUAGUUCUGUCCGCAUCGGAGAAACCAAACGAUCAAUUCGUGGUUUCGACGAGCGACGACGGGAAGAUUCUGGUAGAAGGAAAUUCGAUCAGUGCACUGUCAUCUGGUAUGUUUAUCAUAAACAAUUACCACAGGCUUCACAAAUACCUGUCUGAUAUUGCCCAUGUCGGUAUUUACUGGUACAUUGGGAAUCGCUUAGACCUAGCGCCAAGCGAACUCCCUCGUCUAAACGAACCACUCAAGGGCUCCAGCGUUGUGCCCUGGCGUUAUGAUUUGAACACCGUGACCUUCUCGUAUACCGCAUCCUUCUGGGACUGGGAGGAGUGGGAAUUGCAGUUGGACUGGAUGUCUCUCCAUGGGGUUAACCUUCCUCUUGCGUGGGUUGGUUUCGAGAAGACACUAGUCGAAGUCUUCCAGGAGAUUGGCCUGACUGACGCAGAGAUUUUCUCUUUUCUGAGUAGCCCAGCCUUUCAAGCCUGGAACCGAUUUGGGAAUAUUCAAGGCUCCUGGGGCGGCGAGCUGCCGUACUCGUGGAUUGAGAACCAGUUCAACCUACAGAAGCAAAUCGUCGCCAGAAUGGCGGAGCUUGGAAUGACACCAGUACUUCCUGCGUUCACUGGAUUCGUUCCACGUGCCAUUACCCGCGUCUUCCCCAAUGCAUCUGUGGUCGAGGCCCCAUCGUGGGGUAAUUUUCCGCCGCAGUACAGCAACGAUUCAUUUUUGGAACCGUUGGAUGAUCACUUUGGCCCAUUGCAGAAUAGUUUUAUUUCGAAACAGAAAGCUGCUUAUGGAAAUGUGACUAACAUCUAUGCCUUAGAUCAAUACAAUGAGAUAAAUCCAUUCUCUGGAAACACGACAUACCUGACUGACAUUGCUGCUAGCACAAUCAACAGUCUCAAGGCAGCGGACCCCAACGCCAUUUGGAUGAUGCAAGGCUGGCUCUUCUACGAGGCAGAGUCAUUUUGGACCGCGGACCGUAUCGAGGCUUACUUGUCCGGGGUGGCAAAUAGCGGUGACAUGCUGAUCCUGGAUCUCUUCUCAGAAUCGAAGCCCCAGUGGCAGCGCACUGAUUCCUACCACGGAAAGCCUUGGAUUUGGUGCAUGGUGCACGAUUAUGGAGGAAACCAGGGUAUAUACGGACAAAUCGAGAACAUUACCCAGAAUUCUAUGCAAGCAUUGGCGAGCUCACCUUCAAUGGUUGGGCUCGGCCUCACAAUGGAAGGCCAGGAAGGUAACGAAGUUGUAUAUGAUCUGUUGCUCCACCAAGCCUGGUCCGAAACACCCGUUGAUACUGAACAAUACUUCCACAAUUGGGUGACAGCGCGGUACGCGGGCUCGGGCUCAAUCCCUCAGGGCCUUUAUCAUGGAUGGGAAAUCCUGCGCGCGACUGCUUAUAAUAACACAAAUCUCACAGCUUCCAUAUGUGUAACAAGAUCCAUCUUUGUGAAUGAGCCUGCCAUCUCCGGUCUACUCGACUGGACCGGGUUUGAUCCCACCAUAGUGGUCUAUGAUCCAGCAGACCUGGUUCAGGUAUGGAAAUACGUGUUUGAGGCGGCCGCAGCACAACCAGCUCUCUGGUCAAAUCCUUCCUAUCAGUACGAUCUGGUGGAUAUUACGCGACAGGUGAUGGCGAAUGGGUGGGGCACGAUCUAUGCAGACUUGUGCGAUCUAUACGCCCAGUCCAACGCAUCCAGCGCCGAGAUAUAUGCCCAGGGCGCUAAAAUGAUUGGUCUUCUCAAUUCCAUCGACACUGUCCUCUCCACCAACAGAAAUUUCCAACUCAGUCGAUGGAUUGAUGCUGCUCGUGCUUGGGCUCAAGGCAACGAGUCGGAGGCGGCAUACUACGAGUAUAGCGCCCGAAACCAGAUCACGCUCUGGGGCCCUAAUGGGGAGAUCGAUACCUACGCCGCAAAGGAUUGGUCAGGGCUGGUAUCGACCUACUACGUACCGAAGUGGCAAAUAUUUGUUGAAUAUCUUGCGUCGACGCCAACGGCAGACUACAAUCAGACUGAGUUGCAUUCUCAAGUUUUGGCCUUUGAGCUCAAAUGGCAGACUGAGCCAUUAGAUAUAGAAAGCAAGGAACAGGAUCUACAGUACGUGGUGAAGCAGGUCGUGGAGGCUUGGCCAGAUUUGUUCAGUGGUUAAAUUACUGGGUAUGAGCGGAGGCCAAUUUAUCAAUUGGUACAAGAUUUCAUCCCAGACCUCUUUAUUUUAAUACAACCAAAUCCACAGUCAUAGUUCUGAGAUGCAAGACAAC